AUGCCUCCCAAAGCCGUUCGUCGCGGCGCCUCAGCCGCAGGCGCAGCAGCAGCACCCCGCCAAACCACCAGCGCCGAUGCGUCCAACUCCUCCGCAGGCUCCGCAACACCCACACCCACACCGCAACCCGCCGCCGGCACCAGCGCGCCCUCGACGCGAGCACCCGUGCAGCGGCUACAAUCACUCAAGAAACGCACACCAUCUGGGAGCAUCGGCCCAUCCGCGCGACCGGCAGCGGCGGGCCCGGGCCCGGGUCCCGGCGAGCCGGCCAAGCCGGCGCUGAAGUACAAGCCGCGCGCUGUCGGCCGCCGCAGCAAGGAAGAGCGAGAUGCGAUCGAGAAGCUGGAGGCGGAGCGCAACCGGGAGAGACUGGCGGAGGUUGCGGCGAUGCGGAGGGGUCGUGGGAAUGGUUCGCGCGGGAGAGGGGGCCCCGGAAGGGGGCGGGGCGGGCCUAUGGGUGGUCCACUGGGUGGUGGGAAGAGGGGCCGCGGGGGCCGGUUUGGGCCUGAUUCGCGGGCGUCGUCUAUAUCGCGGAGUCGGUCGGUUAUUGACAUGGGUAGCGGGGCGGCGAGCGGGAAUGUCUCGUCGGACGAGAGUGAUACGGAGAAUCUGCUGCCUAUUGAUCAGAUUGAGGUGGAUAGUGAGGAGGAGAUGGAGUAUGCGGCAGAUGGGAAGAAGGGAAAGAUUCCUGCGCGGUAUGCGGACCGGGAGAAGGGGCUGCGCCCUGUGCGCGUUGAGAGGCUGGAGCAUGAGGAGCGGGUGGUCAGCGUCAACAUGGAGUCGAGCACGAGCAAACCGGCAGAAGCUGGCGAGGAGGAGGAAGUGCAGAUACAGGAGACCAAGGUCGCGGCGGCGGCGGCCGACGACGACGCGCUCUUCGUGCGCGACGACGACGACGAGAUCAAGACGCGCGUCAAGGAAGAACCUGUCGACGAAGAUCAAGCCAUGACCGAUGCGGUCCCUCACGCGGAGGAGGCCGCAGCCACCGACGACGAGUUCCUCCCCGCGCAGAAGGUCAAAGUACGCAGAAGGUUGACUCCCAAGACGCCGGAACCGGAGCCGGAGCCCCAAGCCAUACCGCCGGUCGAAGCCCCCGUCGUCAAGGACCCGAAGAGCCUACUACGCACAAAGGAGGACAUUGAAGAGUAUGAACGCCACGCCAAGGAUCUCGAGGUUAUUUUGGAUCUACUCUCGGUGGAAGCUAAGGAGGACACGCCGAAGCAACCAGAGUCUCCUACGAAAGCGGCGGGAGAUUCUACAGAAGGUCUCGAAGCCCCGGCAUCCGACAAAGAAAAGGAAGAAGCAGACGAGGAGAAGGACGAGAGCAAGGAUAAACUGUCCGGUCAACUAUUCCUAAUGCAGUUCCCUCCCAUGACCCCCAACCUGAUCGUCCCUGGGACUGGUAGCGCCAACACCGAGGAGACAGCUCCAGAAAUCACCGAGCAGGCCGUCCCUAGCCGCUCACAACCCGGCGAAGCAGGUGUCAAGCGCGAGACUGGCGACGUCGAGAUCCUGGAAGGCCCCGACGGGCCCACGACCAAGGCGCCAUCCAAGGUCCUCACUGCAGCAGACUGGCGGCUAAGUGCCGGCCGGGUGGGUAAGCUCAACGUCCACAAGUCGGGCCGGGUCACGAUGGACUGGGGUGGUAUUAGCUUCGAGCUUGAUCGCGGAACGGCCGUCGACUUCCUCCAGGAGGCGCUGAUUGUGUCUGCGCCCGAGGAGGGGUUGCCGGAAGAGGAAAACCGGGUGUGGGCGAUGGGCCAGCUCAGUGGGAAGUUCACCGUGACGCCGAACUGGGAGAAGAUGCUGUGA